CGGGUUGAUGUUGAAAUUUCAAGCGAAAGCCGUUAGAGGGAAGCAAAAUCCGACUGCCAAAAAAACGACUUCAAGACAGCAAACUCUUUUUUGUGGCUUCCUGUCGGAAUCGUCUCUGGUAACUACUGAGAAUCAACAAGACUCAUUUGCGUGCAAUUGUGCGUGUCUCAAUUUUUGCGUGCAACGCAUCCGGUUCACCUGCCAUACAUAAUGCGGCGGGCGAUGAAGGGGUUAAAUACCUGAAGUGGGGCGGUGUUUCAUUCCUGUCACGCCAGCCCUUCGAAACCCACAAGUUGAUAAGACUGGAAGCAAAAUGGACACAGAUUUCACUCAAGAGUCGGUUUUGCUUUUUCUCCAGAGCAGGGGAGGCUCGGUGAAAAACUGCGAGCUACUUCUAAACUUCCGAGGCUUCCUCCGGGAUCACCCUGACCAGGUUCGGAACCGCGAACUCUUUAAGAAGUUCGUCAACUCCGUGGCCACAGUCAAGCAGGAGCACGGGGUCUCGCAUGUUGUUCUCAAGAAGAAAUUUCGGCCUCCCGGAACCGCCGCUUCCGGGACGUCCACCGGAAAACCCGCUGAGCCUCCACCCGCUAAAGCUACCUUGAACCCGGCUCGGGGAAAAGAGAAAAUUCCGCAGAAGCCAUUUCCCCGAAACUUAAAGGAGGUGACAGCCGCUGUCCCAAUAGAACCUGAUUUGGAAAUUGUCCUACCGGUGGCCGGCAUCAUCCGAAACAACAACAAUGUAAGCGCCGAUUUGAAAGUGACACUGCAGGCUACGCGAGCAGAAGCAUUUUCAGCGACAAGUCACGCUCCAAUCUCAGCAAAAUUCCAACCGAGGCCCCAAGGGAUCCCGGAGCAUCCUGCUAUAAUUAAGAGCAUCUGCCAAGGGGGUACUCUGAAAGCCUCAGUCCAACAUGGUGGAAGCAGCCAGCAGGUCUCACCUCCAGAAAGUCGCAACAGCAACCCAAGUAUGUCUCUUCUCGGUCUUCAUGCUCAGGCACGCAGGCCCAGAUACAGGCAGAGCUACAAAACUGCGGUCUCCUAUGAUGAGGAUGACGAUGAAGAUGAAGGGUUCAAGAUGAAGCUGAGUACAUCAGGAGGAGUUAGACCCCUGAGUGGUCUACUUGAAGCCCCAGCUAGGUCCAACAUGUGUCAGCCUGUUCUCUCAUCACCACCAGAGCAUAUGCUUCCAAAGAAUUUUCUCCAGAAUGUGGCGGGGGGACAGGUGCUCCAAUCCCCCCCAGGGUGGAGUUUGGAUGCAGGGCUACAGCUCAGAAGACUUAAUGCGGGAACAAGUGUGGUUGCUGGUUCUCCUCCCAGAGAGUCGAUGUCCACCCGGCGUAGUCUACCCUCAGAGUGCUCCGUACAAUCUCGAGAUAGAGCUGAAGAGGAGGAGAGACGGUCCUCGCUGGAUCCAGGUUUUGCCUCGGCGCACAGCCAUGGAUGGAGUCCAAAAGAAAGGACGUGGCUGUCUAGCAGCCACAACAGCAUCUUCUCCUUCCCAUCUGAUGCGGCAGUUACAGUAUCAGGAAGAACCAGCACCACCGAGAAACAACAUUUAGUAGCAGGCAAUCUCCAAGACAACUGGGCAGCUCCUGCCCGUGUGGCACCUUUCCAUCACUCCUCUGACCAUCCUAACCAGCGGGAUGAGCCGAGAGGAGUUUCAUGGCACCACUCUUCAAGCGAGCUCUACAACGACCACGAAUCAAGUGACUACUCCGCUUCAUCACCAGCACUGCGUCAGCGCCCAACGGUCGCCAGGCACGUCAGCAGUAAGCUAAAAGGCAGGAUGUGCCGCAGCAUGGGUGCCGACCUCAACCGACUCCUCCAGGAGGAAGAGGCAGUGGUUCAAGGCAGUCCAGGAGGAAAUGAAGCAGCGAGGCGGAGCCGCCUCCACCGGAUCUCAUCCUCACUGAGCCUGCCCUACAACUUGUCGUCGUCCUCUCUGUCGUCCUGCUCUACACCGUCUCGCUGCAACAGCCUCGCUGACUUGGCCGAGAGGCCAGAAGCGAAAGGGAAGUUUCCUCCGGUAAUUGCUGGUGCUCAUCAUGAAAGCCCCAAUAGGCAGUCAGCGGUUCCUCUGGAGCCCAGAGAACACACCUGGCUUGUGAAAGGGGCUUCAGGAGCUUGGCCAGACAUCUACUCCCUGUUCAGAGAAGACGCCACCCUUCUCAACAGAAGAGACUUCAUCUCUGGCUUCACUGUUCUGCACUGGAUCGCCAAACACGGCGACCACCGAGUUCUCAAUACACUCUGGUACGGUGUUCAAAAGGCUGGUUUGGCUUUUGACAUUAACGCCAGGUCAUCAUGCGGCCAAACGCCACUUCACAUCGCCGCCAUCCACGGCAACAAGAACAUGAUUCGCCUUCUCGUCAACAAAUUUGACGCGGAUGUGAAGCUGAGGGACACUGCUGGGAAGAAGCCUUGGCAGUACCUGAGUCGAAGCGCGCCGUCGGACGUCUUCCACAUGUUGGGAGCGCCGACGUGGAACGGCAGAGGAGGCCAAGGGGGAAUCCCAGUAGGAGAACACCCCAGCGAACAGAAGCCGCGUCACCACCGACGCCAUCGACGACAUCACCUCUCCUUUGCCAACUCGGAUGAAAGGCCCAGGACCGUCUCUGGUGUGAAAGUCAAGCGGUCAUCAUCGAUCGCAGCAUUCUUAAAACACAAAUCACUGGCUCGCUUUCAUGGAUACAAGUCUGAUGGUUGAGGAACACAUAAUUAGUGUCAAAAAUAAAUGUUUGGGGGAGGGUGUUGUUUUUUUUAACUGCC